GUCGAUUUCGAUAACGGUGCUGGAAAUUGCUGAAUUUGGUUCACCGGAGCUUUCUUAAUGCAGUUAUAUUGUUCCUGUUUCUUCGAUGACUUCUUCACGAUCGCUCGGACUUGAAGAAAAAAGCCAACACCCUUUAUCCGCUCACAAGUUAAAGGUUACAAUCCUAGCAUCAGAGUGGGGAUCGGAUCAAGGCGAACUACCUACCUUAAACAGAGAGCUAGCAAUUCAGUUGGCUAAAUUUCAUGAAGUCGAAGUUUCUCUCUUCGUACCAAAAUGCAGCGAGGAAGACGAAAGAACUGCUCGUCGUCACAGUAUUGAAAUUGUUCGAGCAAAAGCACGGCCCGGAUACGGUGAACUGGAAUUGCUAAGUUUUCCACCCAAUGAUCUGCAAAUUCACGUGGUUGUUGGCCACGGUGUGGAGCUUGGGCGCCAAGCCCAGGUUAUUAGAGAAUUGUGCCAGUGUAAGUGGAUUCAAGUUGUCCACACAGACGCGGAGGAACUUGCAAUGUUUAAGUCCUCUCAAAAUACCAUUUCAUCAGGGGAGAAAAAGCACAAAACAGAAGUGGAACUUUGUAAACUGGCGGACUUCGUUGUUGGCGUUGGGCCCAAGUUAUACGAGUCAAUUCGCAGAUGUCUUCGUGGGUGCAAGAAAGACAGCGCUAUUCUUGAGUUCACCCCUGGUGUUUUUGACGAAUUUGAGAAUGUCAAACACGUUGAAGAAGAUUUGAAAUCGUGUAGCAUUCUAUUGUUUGAUCGAGGAUUUAUUGAUGACUUUGAGUUGAAGGGUCUUGACAUCGCAGGCAGUGCUGUUGCUGAGAUUGAAGACGCCCGUCUUAUUUUCGUCGGCGCUCCAAAGGGGAAACAAGAAGACAUAGCACAAAGUUUUCUGAGGUGCAAUUUACCUGCUAGUCGCCUUACUGUAAGAGGCCUUGUGCAAGAACGAGAAAGCGUGAAGCAGUUGUUUUGCGAAGUCGAUCUUCUACUCAUGCCAUCCAGAACAGAAGGAUUUGGCCUAACAGGUCUAGAAGCUUUAUCAGCAGGUGUCCCUAUUCUAGUUAGUAAGAACUCUGGAUUUGGGAAAGCCCUGAGUAAAGUACCGUUUGGUGCCUCUUGCGUCGUUGAUUCAGAAGACUCCAAGGUAUGGGCAGAAGAGAUCAAGACCGUCUGGAGGAAAAAAAGGAAGACCCGACUUUCGGAGGCUAAAGACCUACGUACCUCCUACGACGAGAAAUACAGCUGGUCCACACAAUGUAAAGCUCUUAUUAACAAGAUGAUCCACAUUCUGAGUGAUUCGUCUUUUCAUCAGGAGAGAAAAAGAAAUAAAGAAGCAUCCGUGUCAUACAUUGAAACCGAAAAGAAGAUGAAAUCCACAAAAAGUGGAGACAGUCACCACUCAGGAACUACUGUUUUCAGCAGAUAUUCAACAGAUGUUCUAGAAGGUGUGGAGGUGAAUCCUGAACGCCCCAACAAGAAGCAGUCGAAAGAAUACAAGCCAUCUUAUGAAGAUGAAAGUGGCCCUAAGCCAGAGGCCCUUGACAAAUUAACAGGUACGCUGUCACCUUCUUGUCAAUUGCUUCUUACGUUCACUGGUGGCUCAAAUUGGACAAACCACUCGUAG